CACGUUGGACAGCUCAGACUGUCGAAACUGUCGGAAGACGUUCUUGUAGCGUUUGUGAACGGCUUAAAGACGGGAGGCCUACUCCAGAGCUGCAAUGCGGUAACAAGGGGAGACAUUGUCCACGUUCCAAGUGAAGGCAGGAUAUAGAUCUGCAGUACAGAUGGGGACUGAGUCUGAUGUCCUACUGCACCACGAGAUGUGUCAAAAAUGUUAGGUAACAGUGUUGAUUACGUUUACCAUAAGACCGAGGACUGAUGAAAAUUCCACAAAACAGGAUACUCAAACCAGACGAAUGAUGGAGAAAAAAAAACGAGGAAGUGAACAUUUGUGAACCUGAAAUAAUGUCAUGUACCUACAAAACAUGGUGAGACUCCAUUCUCAGAGAGUGGGUGAAUAGCUGGAUGUAUGGAUCUUUACGUUCUGAUGAUAUUUAUGAGGAACGAAUUGGAUAACUACCACACCGAGACUGGAUCAGAUCUCUGGCAUCUCAUGCAAAAGGAGUCACCCACAGAUACGUCUUGGUCAAAAAACAGUAUCGGCCGAAAUAGAUGCUCCCCACCCCCACUCUGUACAGGAGCUGAAAAAGCUUUCACAAACUGUCGACCUUCGUUGUACUCAUGUUCUGAAUCUGCAUAUAGGCUCACGUCUACUUACAUCAAGGGUGAUGGUAUGAAAACAGUGAAGCAGCAAGUCAUUGGUUGUUUGAAAGGAGUGGAAAAAAUGAUGGAUUUUAAACUGCAAAAUAGGAAGUUUUGCAGUUUAGGAAGAAACCCACUUGUACAUGAAGAUGCACAGCAGGACAAGGUGGAAAGAGUCAAGAACAGAGAAGACACAAUCAUUGUGGUUGUCUUGAAGUUUGUGAAUGGUCACAUUAUACAUGUACAUAGAAUGAAAGUACAUGUAAGUCCAUAUUCACAGCUGUGUCAUAUCUUAAGACACUGGAUGGAUGUUUUCAGACAGACUGCAGAAGAACGGACAAAUGAACAACCAAAGGAGAACAGUGUGAUUCCUCCAACGUUUGAAUUAUAUGUACAGUCAGAUGAAAUCCCUGAACAUUGUGAAAGACAUGAUUCCUCAGGUGCUAGGGGAGUCAUGAAAAAAGGAAGGACAUUAUAUUACCUGCACAAAGAUGUGUACCAUGGAGACAGACUUGAAUCACGGACAUAUACACACCAGUGCGGGGAAGCUAUUUUGCCAACAUUCAAUAGCUCAGAGAGAAUGAUUUCGAAAUUUCUUAAGCUCUCACUGGGUGUUUCCAUUUUUCUCUUUAUUGAGAGCCUCUGGCUGUGUCUUAAUCCAGCUGGGUGUUUCACUCAAGAAGGUGUUCAAGUACUUGCACUGAAAGGUUCAACAGAAAGAGCAUGCCAAAAAGAAGUCGACAGCUGCUUUCCAAGUAUUGUAGUAUGUGCAGUCUGGAUUCUUUUGAUGAUAAUUUUAACUGCACUGUUACCAGUUUGCCAUUCCUUCUCUGAAACCAGACGAAACGUCAGCAAAGCUCUAUAUAACCCAGAACAAAUGAUGUCGGAUUCUACAACAGAUUGGCUGGAAAAGCGAUUGCUGAGACUGAGUGGAUCAGAAGUUUCAAAGAGCCCCCGUAAAUGGUAUCUCGAUUGGUUUCCAGAAGGUGUAAAAAGGUUUGGCACUAAUGCAGUUGCCUACCCUGCUUCACAUACAGGCUCUUUAGAACAGUAUUUCAGCCAGAAAUUCAAUAACACUGCAUUGUCAGAAAAGGAAGAAAUGAAAUAUGAAUGGCUACGAUUACAGUCGUUUCAGAACUGGCCAACUAGGGCCAUUCCUUUUCCGUCUGUGUUGGCCAAGGCUGGAUUCUUGUAUUCAAAAACCGCUGACAAAGUUGUCUGUUUUUCCUGCGGGGGAGUUGUAGAGGGCUGGCAGCGAGAUAUGACACCAAUGGAUGUUCACAGGGAAAAGUUUCCGCACUGUAAAUUUGUUGCUGGAAGAGAAGAAAAUUACCCUAUUCUGCCGAUGGAAAGCUCUGAGGUCUCCCCAGUGGUAAGUGAUGUACUGGGCCAGACAAGCACAUCCAGGCCAUCCCAGAACCCGGAAAGCUCGCCCCAACCUGUCUCUGAAAGCGCUCGGAAUGAUUCCGGCUUGCCCAGCACCAGAAGCAGCAUUACAGAAGGAUGUACAGCUAACUCUGUUCUUAAUGUCGCCCAGGCCUCUUCUGAUCUACGGGAUAGUGGUUUCACUGAAGGUGCCAGAUCCUCCGAAGUUACAGAAGGCGUAUCUGACUCUUUCAUAAAUAGAAUGAAACAUGAACAUAAUCGGUACCUAACCUAUCGUAGCUGGCCUGGCACAGAAAUCAAUCAGCCUAAACUUCUGGCGAAAGCAGGGUUUUACUACACAGGCCUAAAUUUUAAAGUGCUCUGCGCAUUCUGCAAUGGCAUGCUUGAUUACAGUGAACCUGAGCAGGAGCCAAUGGCUUACCACAGGGAUCUUUUUCCCAAUUGCCCUUUUGUCCGUUCACCAAACGCAGUGAAUAUCCCUGCGUACCCUGUGCCACCAGCAGGCCCCACCCCUCCACUGGCAGUCCAAGCUGAUCUGGCCAUGCUGGGAAUCAUGUCCGACUUGCCAAAACACCCGGAGUUCACUCUGUUACAGGCAAGGAUCGAUUCUUUCAGGAGCUGGAACCCAGAACAUGAACAAAGACCCUAUGACCUUGCUGUAGCAGGUUUCAUUUAUGCUGGCAUGAGUGACUGUGUGAAAUGUUUCCAGUGUGACGGAGGCCUACGUAACUGGCUUCCUGGGGACAUCCCCUGGGUUGAGCAUGCUCGAUGGUUCCCCCAGUGCUCCCAUGUGAGGCUCUGUAAGGGUCAGGAGUUCAUCGACACCAUUGAAGAAAUGUAUCCUCGACAAGGUGCAGCGAGCAGUACCACCGUAACCAGGUCAAGCACAGCAGCUAAUGCACCAACCCCGAAUGUGGAUCGGUUGAUGUUCUCACCAGCAGCACAGAGCGUUCUGGAGAUGGGGUAUGCUCGGGAUUUAGUGAAAAGAGGACUUGAAAUGUUCAUAAGACAGAAAGGGAGUGACUCUGGGCUGAAUGCUCAUGAACUGGUGGAAAUUGUUCUGGAAAUUCCCAGUGUAGAAGACGACCUCUCCUCUACGAGUGAGGAUCAGCAGCCCAGUGCAGCACCGCCACAACCACUUGUAGGAGCUACUGGGCACAAGUCCUUACCAAACUUUCCCAGGAGCAAUUCCUCGAUUGUAGACGAGUCUGAAAUCGGGGAAGAAUUAGACACAAAGUCGCUUAGAGAGAAAAACAGAGAAUUGAUUGAACAAACACUGUGCAAGAUAUGCUUGGAAAAUAAGAUGUGUAUAACCUUCCUGCCUUGUGGCCACUUGGUUUCCUGUGCAGAGUGUGCCCCUGCCCUCCGGAAGUGCCCUAUCUGCCGCAGCACCAUCAAGGGCAGGGUCCGGGUGUACAUGUCAUAAUGGUCUGGAAAAUGAGGAGGGUGAGGAUGGAGGAGGACGAUGGUUGAAAGCGGUUAAUCAAUUUCAAAUGUGACGCGAUGUCACUUUCACAAUCAUGUAUAUUUCUUCUUUAUAAGUUUAUCAUACAAGACGCUCUCUAGGUUGUAGCGCCAUAAGGCGACGUGAUUUACACCUUUAAUUCCAACAAAAGCAGAUGAAGUCCUACUCAACAGACUUAUGGAAGUACAUGUAAAUUGCUGAAAUGCGUUCAGUUCUUGUCUAUCUGAUCACUGAAGGUGGCAGAUAUAGUUGCAGUUUCUGUGACAACCGGAGGACUCGAAGUUACUGAAGUCGUGCUACUAGCACAGGGGCCCGUUUCAGAAAACGUCUGUAGCCGUCUAAGGAUUGUUUGUCGACUAUGUGUCAUUAACCAACUACCAUAAAUAGGCUACGAAAAACCUUGACUACGCCGUUUCACAAAAAUAGAACUGUCUACAGCUUUGCAGGCUUACCAUAGCCGGCUAUGUCGAGGCUCUACAUCAGUCUGAUUGAUUGAAUCAAUGCUAAUAUAUCCAAAAUAUAAAUAUAUUAAAUUACUUUGUAUAAAUAACAGAGAAAGAAGAUAAUUUCUUCUUCAGUUUCGUUUUUGACACAGUUUGUUGAAAAAGGGUAAUAGCUUUCACAACAGAUGAUCAAAGUCAAACAAGGUGAUCUAUUUCUAUUUUUUUAGAAUCAGUAAAUCCACUUUAGAAAUGCGUUUGCCGACUCCCAGCCACCUCCGGAGCUGGCUAGGGAUUUGGGCUUCCAAAAUCUGACUGAAAGCUACGAUAGCCAAAUAUUUUUUUUGUAAAACCGGUUAGACAAAAUUGCUAGCCGUCUAAUCUUAGCCUUUAGACUUUUAUGAAACGGGCCACAGGCCAGCUAUUCGUUCGAUGUUGGUUCAGUUGUAGUACAUGAAUGUAGUAGUACCACCGCUGGCGAUUGGAACGAUUGGUAAACGGCCUCUAUUUCCUCGAGUGACCACCGGUACACGAAUGGAACGUACCUGAUGUAUUGGUUGAAAAGAAGUUGGGUAUAGGACAUGCAUGCAAAAAUAUUUACUAGAAAAGCAAGCACCUAUGUCCUUAUGUACACUUCCGUUUUAAUUGGUUUACUUACUUCCAACAGAUUAAAUUAGGAUAAGUUGCUCUUUUAGGAGUAAUUGUAGCUAUUGUUCGCGUACAUGUACUUGCAAUCAUAGCUAAUUGAUGUAUCAGUGAGCUUAAGGUUUUUUACAUCAAAAGGCUUAAAACCAUUGAAAAUAAUAACUCGUUUUAAAAGUGCUUCUACGUCCUGUUUAAUCCCAUGAAAUGCACAACAAUUCUAAGAUCAGUUGUCAUAUUAAACUGUGAACAUGGUGUAGUAAAGAUGCUCUUUGAGAUUCUAACUUGAAGUAUGCCCAGGCAUAUGGCUGGGUUUAACAGUAUUGUGGUGUGUUCGGUUGGUUAAUUCCUAACAGUUCGUAUGUAGGCUCAGUCAGGAUUUGUCAACAAUGUAACAAUACAAACCCUUUACCUGGGGCCUGAACCGCUGUAGGCAUGGCAGGGCUAGGAAGCGUGCAAUUGUCCUUCGAUCAGAAGGAGCUUGGAUAUUAUAGCAUCUUAACUGUGGCAGUUGAUUAUCCUUCUACAUGUAAGUUUAUCCCAUAUCAAGACCAUUAACACCUGAAGGAGAAUAUACGGUAACAACUGCCAUUAUCCGUGUUUGCUGUUUUUGCGCAACCCCCGAUGAUGAUGGCGCUGGAUUAUUCAUUUUAUCCAAAACAAUUCUGAAACACUCCAUGAUGAAGCAUGUAAUUUAUCGCAUUCUGAUCAUAGGCUGUAGUUGUCGUGUAGUAAUGGAGAUCAGUCCCUCGGUAAUGUAAGCGUGGUGCUGCUUGCUCCGUGGAUGCAGCAAAAGCAGAAGAUUAUGAUACAUGACAAGUGAAAACAGUCGAUUUUCUCCCAUGCUAAAUAGUCUGACUUGACGCUCAUCCAUGAAUUCCAGCGUUGAGAGAGAAUAGCUUUGUAAACUCUUGUUCCAAGCAUCAGCCUGGUACCAGAGACCUUGAUCUACACCUUGAUCUGCUUUAUUACCAAGCCAACUCUUCCAUUGAAAUCGCCGCUUCAGUAAUGCCAAUAAUUGCUUAGUUCUGGGUGUAUAUACCAGUUCGACUUGAAAGCAAUGUUCAGUGUGGGAUUUGCCAUGUCGAGGCAGACUUUUUGCCUCAGUCUUGCAAAGUCGCGUGCUCUUGAGAUCGUUUGAAAUAUAGACAGGCUUACACGAUCAAAAAGAGUAGAAAUUGAUGUGAUGACAUGUCCAGAAAUUGAAGACGAAAGUGGGAUAAAUGUGUUUUUGUACGUCGAGAGAAUGUAUACGGAAAGAUGGACUGGUACACACUCGAUUUAUGCGUUAAAUGUCAAAUGCUUGCUCACAUUCUCGUGGAAGCGUGCUGUAACGGAGUGUCGGGUUUCUGUUGAGUAGGACUUUAAUUUGUACUUCAAAUACACAGUUUUGUACAGUAGAUUUAACUCCGUUUUUUGCCCAUUUUAACAUUCAGUACACACAAUACGCUGUUACUGAAGGAUUCAAAAUGCAACAUCGUUAACUGGUUCCGUUAGGUAUACAUGAUUGCCGUAUAUCUGAUUGUCGUUUAGCGUGCAUCUAUAACUUCUAUGUUAUCGUGCAGACUACUAAUAAUUGAUAUAACCAUCAAAACAUACAUGUAAAUGUGGCAUCAUACUUUCCUUUGACCUUGAAAUAUCCUGUAUUGUGUAUGUCGACAGUCAUGUUGUAAAUGUACACGUCUGUACCUCUCUCUGGAUAUAGUUACUUUAUAUGACGGCUUUCCAUACACACCCAAAAAAAAAACAUUUAUAUUUUUGCCUGCAUACUUGUACAAGUCAAUUGUCACUCUCGUCUAAGCAAGUCUACAUUUGUUACCUCGAGGCAAGUUACAUUCUUUAUGCCCUUGAAGGCUUGGGCUGCUUAAGACGGUGUCACUUUGCCAGGACUCCAUAUACCUUUACUGGGGAAAAAGGCCACGCCGUAAACUGUUGCUCGUUAAAAUGACAUCGACUUACCUGUCUCACGACUAACCCAUACAUGUUUGAAGACUUACGGUAUUGCGGAGUAACUGUUCUUCGCAUAUUACAGCUUCUUAAUACAGCGUACCUUUACUUCAAAUAUUCGUAUUAUUCAAUACAUGAUGCUGGAGCCUUAUUUGCGUGAUUUUGUCUUUUUUCAUUUGACGCAUUGGGAAGAAGAUUUUCGAAUUUUGUUUUAUUAUUUCUUAAGUAUCGUGUAUACCAUAUAUAGAUAAAUACCAUGCAGGGACUGACUUUCUUAUGGAAUCGGAAACGUGGUUUUCAACAUAUUGUAGUACACGAUAAUGUAUUUAAGCAUUGUAUGUAACAUGAACCAGGGGCCACCGUGGCUCAGUCGGUUAGCGCGCUAGCGCAGCGUAAUGACCCAGGAGCCUCUCACCAAUGCGGUCACUGUGAGUUCAAGUCGUGCUGGCUUCCUCUCCGGCCGUAAGUGGGAAGGUCUGCCAGCAACCUGCGGAUGGUCGUGGGUUUCCCCCGGUCUCCACCCACCAUAAUGCUGGCCGCCGUCAGCAUUAUGGUGGGUGGAAAUAUUAAGUGAAAUAUUCUUGUGAUAUUCAGUGAAAUAUUAUUGAGUGAUAUUCAGUGAAAUAUUCUUGAGUGAUAUUCAGUGAAAUAUUCUUGAGUGAUAUUCAGUGAAAUAUUCUUGAGUGAUAUUCAGUGAAAUAUUCUUGAGUACGGCGUAAAACACCAAUAAAAAAAAUGAAAUAACAUGAACCGUGCCCUUUGUAUAACAUGACUUUGUCCUGCAAACCACAUAAAACAGUAGUACAUGUAUAUAUUAUUAUUAUUAUUACAUGAUGUAAUACACACACUGUAUCUAUGAAACUGUAGCAUGUUACAUGUAUAUAGAACUUACGUAAUAGAUGUAUAAAUGUUACGUAAUGGGUGCACUAUGACUACAACACCAUUUCUGAUCUUUGAUAAUUUUUUGUUUUGCUGAUUUUCGCGAUAUCGAUAUGCCUGUAUUUUUGGUAAUUAUUCUAGAUUAUGUACAUGAUCUACAUGUAGGAUAAAUUAGAUUCCGUAACUUCAAGUCAAGAAUCCGUACAAUGUUUGAGAUGUAUAAUCAGUUUCCAUAGAUUUAUCCAGGUUCUAUUGUUAACCCCCUCACAUAUUCUAUAUACGUGUAUACCUUGCAUGGAUUUUACCAUUUCAGUUUACCAUGUAAAGUGUACAUGUAUGUCAGAUCCUGAUUGUAACGACACGUGUCUAUGAAUCUUACAUGAAUGAUCUUUAACAACAAUUAAAUAAAACGUUAUGUAACACAGUGUGUAUUAUUUUUUUUAGUCUUUUUUUUAUUUUAUGUAAAAGCAAUUUUAUUUUAUGUAUGACUAGUGAGGUACUGUUCGAAUGUGGUAGUUUUCUCGCUAACUCUGCCCAGAAUAAUUCAUUGUGCAUUCUUAAAUGUAUGAAACUUUUUGUUUGGCGUUACGUUACCAUUUCUGAUCUAAUUAUUUUUUAUUGUUUUGCUGCUUUUUGUCGAUAUGUAUAUGGCUGUAUGCCGUAUAUAUCGUGUAAACCUUGAUAAAGCAAGUCAUAAUUCCUGGGUCCAUUGUUAAUGCCAUCACAUAUUCUUAAUUUAUCAAACUUUUUCUUUUGCGUUAUGAGCUUUAUGGGGCUUUGAAAGACAUUUAAAAUAUGUUAAUAGAAAGAGUGUCAGGUUCACAUACAUGUUUUUUAUUGGAAGGAAACCAUAUGUUAUUCAAGACUUUCUGAUUGCAGGGCGACAGUUGUAUAAUCUAACAUGUAAGAUGUAUUAAUUUUUAUGUAAGCCAGCCUCGAUACCAUUUUGCCGUUAUAUCCAUGAUGUCAUCGUUGCAACUCACUCGAAUUCGUCUAGAUAUUUACAUAAACCGGAUUCUGCUGAUGUAUAGUUCUGUUUCGUGACUAUCGU